UGUGUCUACUUUCUAUACCCCACAAUUCGUGGAACCAUGAAUUGAUUUUCAGGAAAAGGAUCGGCCAUUUUGAAAGUCUUAGAAUCUACACCUCCCAGCGAUGCACAGCCGUUUGCGUUAAAACAUUGUCACAACUCCAAUAUAAAAAUGAGCAAUCGACCGGAUACUGAAUCUUCGUAUUAUCCAGUUGGCAACAGUCGGUCAGUUGAUGUGACUCUCGGGUGUCAGGUUGCUAAGGAAUGUGACAUACUGUUGCUAGGAUGUGGGGACAUCAGGAACGUUUUGCAUACACUGCACGUGCUUCAUCAAGAUGGCACUACAAAAUCGAAAGGUCAGAUCAUAAACUUUCACUUAAACGACCACGAAACUGGUAUCUUGGGAAGAGACCUGAUUUUGCUCCACUUGGCCCAAACCAUUGAUCCAACAAACAGUAAAGACUUGAAGUUUCUGUGGGGAGUGUGGUAUGAUGUGAUUCUGACAGAGGCACACCUUCAGAGACUGAAAGCCACUAUACAAGAACUGUUGACUUCAACAUCAGGCAGACACGGUGUACACUUUGGGAACUCACGAACUGAGAUGUACCUCAAAGAUGCACUACAGCUUUGGUUGAAGUUCGAUGCAAGUGCCAGUCUUACUAUCGAUAAAAGAAAGAAUUUCUGGAACGAAUGGGAUACUGGAAGUAAAGAACCAAAUUGGUUAGCAGGCAAACUUAGCGUUCAAUGUCUUCAUCUGGAUACAAUAGAGCGUCUGAAAGACAGGUAUCGCCAAGAAAUCGAAGAAUUUGUCACAACAGGUGUUACAAGAAUCAAUUCGGGGUCUCUCUCACCUGAACGCAUUCGAAAUAGUUUCUGUAGCAAUGUGACGUUUUAUAGACCAGGAUGUCAUUCUUGGAGGGUCUUCUUGGACAGCACGCCGUUCCUAUGUCACGAUAUUGAUCUACAGCUUCAUAGGUACGAUGGAGCAAAAGUCACACUGUCCUCGCUUUAUCUUGAAAUACUGCGAGAGUGGGUUGAGAGUUACCAGGCAGCACUAAGACACGGAUGCGACAUCAAGAUAUACCUUUGGCAUGGAGAGGCAACAGCAGUAUGCGAGACCGAUAUUCCAGAUCUGAAGUUCGAUUUUAUCGAUGCAUCUAACAUUGCAGAUAUUGUUGGCCUUAUACCUGUGCUCACCUGCUCUCGCGAAAAGGCGAAAACGCCAGAUGCGGUUAUUAGGACGGAAAUCUUUCACUGGAAUAAACACGACGUGGCGGAGCUCCUUCGUGAGUGUUUGAAUGUCUCUACAUUGAUGUAUCCAACUGUUUUGGGACUCCACCUAGCUGAAGACCUCACCCUGGGACAUGAGAAUCUUGUUGCCCCUGGGACUUUCAACGGACUUGGCAAAUUGUCCUUGCGGUGGAAAACAGCUGAGGACAUUCAUAACCUCACAAGCCUCACAGUCACGACAGACGAUGCACUUGCACAUGCCCUUGCACAAUUGAAAAACCCAACUCCCUUCCGGGAUAAAGAUAAGAUUACUUAUCGGGCAACAAUGUGUGACAGCAGAGUCAGAGAAAAACUGAUACAGAGAAUUCAGGAUAGCACAAAAGGUCAGACUAAUGCAGCGUCCGGUGCUUCUCCGAGGAAGACACGUACUGUGGUCGAGUACACUGACCAUUACCAGGUGACCAUCACAACUGACCCUGAAUGUCUGAAAGACGGAAAGUUUACCAUGGACUAUCUACGAGAGAACCCGCGCGUUGUUGUGUUCCAGAACAUUAGAAAUGGACACCCAAGCUUCAAAAAGAUAUUACGUCUGUCCUGUGGCAUCUCAGUCAACUCCAGCAAGUUCACACUGUCAAUAGAGAAAGGAACAGUAGACGCUAGUAUCGUCAAGGACGUGAAUACAACACUUGGGGAGCGUGUGUUACCCUGGAAGCAGCUUGACGAGGACACUGUAGCCAGACUGCCUGACUUUGUUCUGUCGAAGUCUGGUAAACAGACACUGGACACUUACAUUGCACAUAUGUACAUUACCCCUCCACCACAGAAUCGAGAAAAAGCGGAACCAGUGCAACAGCUUCAGUAUAUCAUCGAUUACAUCAUGAAGAACCAACCACUGCCCCCUGGAGAGAGACAAACGAUACUCACCAUAGGAGCACCAGACACAUCUAGGCCUGGCAAGAGAUUCAUCAAUAUACUUGUCCUGGAAGGGUUGAAGAUCCAUGAAAACAUACCUACGAUGUUUUUGAAGUUUUCCGAAUCACUGCAUGAAAGCAACAGCGAUUGGUUAGAAAAGGAUCCGUCCAUUUCCCAACACUUAAGCCAGGGGUACAUGUUGCUGUUAGGGAUUCUAGAGGCGAACCAUCAUCGCAUGGCCCAGGGCGCGGACAAGAAAUGGAUGUGGAGGACGUUCUUGAGAGGGCGAUAUCCCUACAUGGAUCCGUUCCUCUACCGACUGGAGUGGUUUGCUCAACGUCAAGAGGGAAUCGCUUCAAUAGAUACUCUAGAAGGAUUUGAGAUACUGGCAUUGAAAGAUGUAUUCACAAAAUAUGCCCAUUCAAAAGUAGUAGAAAUCCUACAAAACUUUGCUCAAGGGGACAACUCAAAGAGCAAAGGUACUGGACCCAAUUCAUCCAGAGAAACAGCCACAACUGCCCCAUCUUGCAGUACCUGUGGCAUGACAUCACCCGAGUGCAAGAGAUGCUCAAGAUGCCUCCAAGUGUCCUACUGCAGCAGAGAGUGUCAACAAAAGGCAUGGCCGGGCCAUAAGAAUCAAUGCAAGUCUAAGAAACAACAAUGAUUCUCUACCAUCUAAUUCUAAAUGUGACAAAAUAGAUACAGUACACUGGAAAUGUUUUUCAGCUGAUUAACAGAUCCGUUGACACAAAUGUCUGUUAAUUUAAUUUCAGUUGUGAAAGAACUUCAAAGAUGGUCAAUAUUGGUCUAAAUUUUCUUUUCAUUUCAGCCUUAAGUUUUCACUAAGAUGUCAAUUUCUUUCCCUUGUCGGUCCAGAGGAAUGAGCCUUUCUGGGGGAAAUUCUUACUGCAUCUGAGAUAUAAUUAUUUAAUCUAGAGUGGAAUGUAUGUUUUGUUUCUUAUUAGACAAGCUUUGGGCAUGCAAUUUGGAAUCUACUGAAGUAGACACUCACAGAACCUGAGUCAAAGCUACCAUACAGACCGGAAGUGUAUACAUGGUGGUACGGGGCAAACCUAUGAUACUGGGGUUGGGGGCAGGGGCCGGCUGGGUUGAAAAAACAUCAUUUGCCCCUAGGAUAUUUGAAAAUGAUGAUCGUACCAUGUUUUACCUUCCAAAGUUUGUAUGUUUUGAAGAACUGAGAGAAACCAUAUACUCUUACAAAAAGCCUGCUUCCCUACAAAAUGACGUGGUCUGUCUCUCACAGCAUAAGCAUUGCUCCAGUAGGCCUGGAUGAGUAACCAACAGGUCAUAAAAUGGCGUUGUUAAAGAAUAGCUUGGGUUCUAAAUAGUUCUUUUUCUUUAUCAUGAUACCUAUUUGAAAAGAUUUGAGUGAGUGAGUGAGUAUGGUUUUACUCCACUUUUAGCAAUUUUCCAGCAAUAUAACAGCGGGGGACACCAGAAAUGGGCUUCACACAUUGUACCCAUGUCGGGAAUCAAACCCGGGUCUUCGGCGUGACGAGCGAACGCUUUAACCACUAGGCUACCCGACCGCCAAUGAAAAGAUUUGAGGUGUCCUCCCCCUACCCCAUCAUUUCACGAGGGAAGUAAGAAUAUUUUUCUUCUGACAUUGUUAUAUGCAUGAGGGUUGCGUACACUGAUUACACUAAGUGUUUGUACACAAUAACAGCGUAUGUUGACUCAUAUAACAGAGCUGAAUAAUAUCUCUGUGACAGAUAUAUCAUAUAUAAUAUCAAAAUGUACAAAAUGCUUCAUAUACUCUCCUGUAUUUGAUUUUAUUUCUUUUACAUAAAUAAACAUCUUCUCAUUAAUAAUG